GGGGGCAGCGCUGAGCGGGAGCCGCCGCCUCCUUCCCCCCGGCCGGGCCAUGGCGGAGACUCCGGGCGCCCGCUUCGCUAAGCGCCGCUUCCUGGGCGGCUUCGUCUGCGGGGCUGCGCUGGGCGCCGCCGUCUCCGGCCUGGUCGCGCUACGGCUCCUCCGCAGCCAGCCCGGCCCCGCGCCGGCGGCCCCUCGCGAGCGGCCGCAGGAACCAGUGGAAGAGUCUCUGCUGGAACAGUAUGGAUUCCCUGUAGCUGGAACAGAGACCAGAUGUUACACAAAUCAUGCACUGUCUUAUGAUCAGGCAAAACGGGUACCUAGAUGGGUGAUUGAACAUAUUUCAAAACACAAGACACUGGGCAACGCAGAUCGAAGGCACUGCAAAUUCAGACCAGAUCCUAGUAUCCCGCUCAUGUUUAGUGCUGUCAAUGAAGACUACAUUGGGAGCGGGUGGUCGCGAGGACAUAUGGCACCAGCAGGAGAUAACAAAUUUUCAAUACAAGCUAUGGCUGAAACAUUUUACCUGUCCAACAUUGUGCCCCAGAAUUACAAGAAUAAUGCUGGAUUCUGGAACAGAAUGGAAAUGUAUUGUCGGGAGCUGACAGAGAGAUUUGAGGAUGUUUGGAUAGUUUCUGGACCUUUGACCUUGCCUCAGACAGGGGAUGAUGGAAAGAAAAGAGUUACCUAUCAGGUAAUCGGCAAGGGCGAUGUGGCUGUGCCAUCACAUCUCUACAAGGUGAUUCUCGCCAGGCGAAGCAGAAUGUCCUCAGAGCCCCUGGUGCUGGGGGCCUUUGUGGUGCCCAACGAUCCCAUCGGCUUCAGUCAUCAGCUACCUGAAUUUCAAGUGCAUAUUGAAGACCUGGAGAAAAUGUCUGGAUUGGUUUUCUUCCCACAAGUGGACAAAACCAAAGAUGUUAAAAAUAUCUGUGAUGUAGACACCUGUAAACUGAUGGGGUUUGAUGAGUUUACGUUGUACAUCACCACCCGGAAAGUUCACAGGGCCAGAACACUGCACAGGCUGGAAAAGGUCAUGUCAGAGUUAAGGGAGAUGGGAAUUGAGCCUGACGAAUAUCUAGUGAAGCUUUACAAGAAGAAGGAGGAAGAACUAGUGCAGCAAAAGCAAAUGGAAGCUAGAGAAGGGAGAGCUGGUUGAGUACGCAGUUCAGAAAAUAUAUUUGGAAUGUUAUACUCUCAGAAAGGAGGCACGUGCACACACUCAAUAUAGAUUUCAUGAUUUGGCCAAUUUUUAAAAAAAAAUGUGGAAACAAUUAGAAGUUUGCGUUCAGGGUAAUGUUAAUUCUCUUGUAACAUGAUGUAUGUAUGAUUUGUGUUCAGGGUAAUGUUAAUUCUCUUGUAACAUGAUGUAUGUAUGAUUUGCUACAGUACUAUGUGGGAAAUGAAAAUGACCCUUUCCUGGCAUGACUGGAUUAUGGGGCCUCUGAAAAAGGCUUUGUACUAUUUUCUAAACCAGACGUCAGAAUUGGGGUUUGUAGGGAAUCCCUUCUAGGAAUAUUAUAAAAAUAGACAGUGGACACCUUGGGAGUAUAACUGGAAUCUGUCUAAAUGUAACUGACCCUACACAUGUAUUUUAAUACAAAGCUGUAGAAUAAAUGGUGUUACUGGGA